UCUGGGCUCGUGCUGCUUUAAUGAAUCCACGUGAGUCUAAAACUGAACGGUUAGCCUGUUAGCUACCGGAGCUAAGUUUGGAUGCUGAUGGCCGACAGUAACACGUUGGAAUUGUAUUUUCGUCUGACGUAACGCUCAGAUGGAUGGAAACUUCCCAGAUGAUGAUGACCAGAAUUCGCUAUCGCUGAUAAAGGACGAAGGGAUGGAGGUCACCAUGACAACUCGGCUGGAAAAUCUUCCUGUGACCAGAAAUGAUAACUUACAAACAGAGGCAGGGGGAACGCAUGGGCUGCCGUUGGGUUCUGUGUGUAAGGAGGAGGACUUUCAGAGUGAGGAACUAGGCAAGCGUUCCCAUACAGAGACCAGCAGCACUUUACCAGAGAUGAACAGUCACAAUCUGGCAUCAAAAGAGGGGAAAGAAAUGGAGGUCACCAUGGUAACGCAUGAUGCCACACAAACACUGGAAGAGGAAAUGGGAGCUGUUCGAACAGCUUCAUCAGCAGCAUCACUCCUGGUGAAAUUUGAGUGUGUGGAUGAGGAUUCAGAGGAUUCAGACAGUGACAGUUCCUCCUCUUCAUCCUCCACUUCCUCCUCAUCCUCCUCUUUUGCUCCUGCCCCAGUGUUUGAGGAUUUUGAUGAAGGUGUCAACCAAUCAGCUCCUAUAAAAGCUAGAGAUGAAGUCCUACUUGAGGAGCUUCCAGCUGUUGAGGACGUCUCUGUGAGCUUACCUGAGGACUCAGAGUUGCAGCCCGUGGGAACAGUCUCCAGUAUCGUACAGCAGCUUGUUAUCAUACAGUCCCUGAAAGACACUCCUCCUCUGAAUGAGGACAGCAUCCUGUUCAGGUGUGACAGGGUGGCUGUGGGGAAGGUGUUUGAGGUGUUCGGCCCCGUGUGCAGUCCUUUGUACGUUCUGCGUUUUAACUCUGCAGACCAAAUCAUUAGCAAAGGCCUGACAGAGGGAUCGACUGUUUACUGUGCUCCAGCACUCAAGGAGUACACUGAUUACAUCCUCACUCAACAGCUCAAACUUUUAAAAGGAUCUGAUGCAUCCUGGAAGAAUGAUGACGAGCCACCAGAAGAGGCUUUAGAUUACAGUGAUGAUGAGAAGGAGCAGGAAGCGAAAAGAAAAAUAAGGACCAAGAAGAAGGAAAAUGGCAACAUUGAUAAAUCUGGUCAGCACCAGGGCCACGAUCGGCGGGGCUUCCAAUCCAGACAUGCUGGGCCCCGAGUCCAGCGCCAGCACCCAAGAAAUGCUCCUCCCCAACACUUUCACUCAUACUGCCCGCCUGGACACACAGAGACUCAUCCCUCAUACCGCCCUCCUCACUCCCAUUAUCUCCCGUCUCCUUCUCAUCCUCCUCCUCGUCACCCUUUCUCCCCACCAAGCUUCCCUCUCUACCCUCCUCCUCCCCUCCCACCCCCGGCUUUUUUCAAUCCAUCAUUCUCCCCUCCUUUCUGGCCUCCAAACUCUGUCCCAUAUGUUGACUUCACCCUUCCUCCCCCUCCACCUCCUCCCCCUCUUCCUCCCUCUCCACCUCACUAACCUCACAGUUGGCCAACUGCAUCAAGUUUAUUGGGGGAUUUUUGUUUAUUCUUAUUAAAGGAAUAUAUCAUUUCCUGUGAGACAACAGCCCGGUGACAUAUGUCAGUUCAGUGACUGGUAGGCUGUAUAUUCCUGAUGGAUGUUUAAAAUAAACAGCCAUUCAUUUAGAAGAGCUAAUGGUGAUGUCUGCAUCCUGCCACCUGUAUAUGUAAUAUUGUCGUUUUUUCUCUAUAUGUGGUGGCGGUAUGGACGUGUUUUAAGUUGGCAGAUCCUUUUUCUUUCUUUACCUACUGCCCCCCUCUCCUUUUUGCUCAUGGUAUGUGGGCCCAAUUUCUUGAUUUGAUCCCUUGCAGACUGUGAAGAUGACACCACCCACUGUGACUGAACAGCUAGAGAGCCAUCCAGCAGCUUUGGACUGACUUUAUGUUGCAGGUCAAUUUGACCGUUUUGGUCUAUUAAUAGCCAGAAGGAAAAUGUCUGUUUUAGCUGUUCUUAAACCUUUGUCCAUUAUUUUAGCUCUAGCUAAGUCUGGAGUGAAAUAAAAAGGUAAAAGGUUCACAUAUAAUUUAAUUCUAAAUGAUUUGCUGAAGAUGACACUGUUUCCAUUGCAAACCAGUUUCCUCUUGCUGGUACAUAUUGUAUAGUAGAGUUAAACAAUUAGUUCUGAAAUGGGCACCACAUGACUAAAACUCUAACGGUGUGAAAUGUUAAACGGCUGAAUUGGGCUACCGCCCCUUAAACCACAUUGGCACCCUCCUCAGUUGUGUAAACAAAACUGCUUCCCAAGUCAGUAAUCUGGAUUUGUACUUGCUGAGCCAGAGGCAAUGUCAGCUGCCUAUUCCUUCACUCCAUUAAGUCUUGUUUGUUCUGUCUGACGUGAGCAGGUGCAUCUGGAGACAACUGCAGAAUGACAAUGGCAAAAAAUGUGUGGGGAAAUUCUUGGAGGUUAGUAUUGUGGUUCUUUUUAGGAACAUUAAAUAUUAUAAGCCAAGGUUUUUAUCAUAUUGAACAUUUCACAAGGAACCCAGAGCAGCCCCUUUGAGAUAAUUAAUUUUUUUUGUAAUGGUAUGUGAUGAUCAUUUAAAAUCCUGUAACCUUUGAAAAUCCUCUCCAAUCUAAAACUUUACAUACCCAUACAGGGUUAUGUAGAAACGGGGAAUCACUUUUGCACACCCUUGAGUGUGACACUGUUUCAGAACCAUUCCUUAUGAAAGCAUUUGUUCUGAUUCAGGGUAAACUACUUGCAUCCUGUCCUCUGAACUCAGAAGACAUUUUGAUUCACUUUUACUGACACGUCUUGUAACCGAGCAGAGUAGCAUCGUGCGAUGUGUUCAUUCUGGAACAAACUGUACUUUUCUUUUACUGAUUUCAGUGUAGUUACUGUCGUUGCUCAUUGCAUUUUACUGCGGUGUAAAAAUGGGUUAAAAUGUGAAACAUUUUCCACAAACUCUGCAGCUUGUCUGCUGUAGCCAUCACACAGUCAUGUCUCUUAUGAAUGGAACAACAACUAGACUUGAAAGUACUUCCUGUUGGCCGCUGUUGCAGAUUAAGCUCUUCAUGUUGUGUCAGAUGUCUAAAAUAACAUUUCUUGGUUGAGAAUAUAUUAUUUGUUGAGAGCUGUUAGGAUUUAGUUCUGCUUCUCCUUUGCUUCUGUUUGGUAAACUGGGAGAAAUAAAAGUCUUUAUUUCCAAGUUU